CUCACCCUCCCCUUCCUUCAAGACCCUCAGCAACAACAACACCUCUAUCCCUCGCUCCCUUUCAAACUUACUCCUUUACGUUCCAUCUAACAUCAUGAAGUUCACUUUCUCUGCCGUUGUGCUUGCCCUUGCUGCCUCCCAGGCCAUGGCUGUCGUUCCCAAGCCAAUCAAGGAGUGCACCAAAUCUGUUAUCGUCACAGAAAACGACAAAGAUGGUUGCAUUGAAUUCGCUAAACGCCAUGGUGUCACCUUCGACGAUCUCCUUAAAUGGAAUGAGAAGCUUAGGGAUGAUUGCGAAAACCUCGAUGUAAACCAUCCCAUCUGUGUCUCUGUCACUAAGGGCGACUGCUGUUUGCAACUUACUCCAUCUCCUGAAAUUCCAGUAGCCACCAGCCCUGCAACUGGUGUUCCUACUGCUCCUACAAGUGUUCCCACUGGUGUUCCCACUGGUGUUCCCACUGGUGGCGUCUCUACCACAGGCCUCCCUGUCCAACCAACCGGGGCUCCCGUCGUCACUACCACCACCACCGGUGCUCCCAGGACUGUGACAACCCCACCUGCAUCUGCUACCACCACCGCCGGCGCGCCAAGCAGUGCUGCUAGCUCCAAGGGCUCUAUGAUUCUGGCAGCUGCUGGUGUCUUGCUCUCGGCUGUUUACAUGCUUUAAGCAUCAUCGCUAUCGCAUGUGCGGGAAAAAGGGGAUGGUAAUGCAUGAUGAACUAGGACUUUUGAAGGGUAGAGAGCCCUGUUGGUUCAUAUAUUUCAACAGAAACUGUCCUAAAGCAUUUCAAAGUCUAUCAUCGCUUCCCCACCGUUUAAAUUAUAACCAACAAACCAUACCCUUCAUCAUUAGAUGUCACCACCUAAUUACCAGCAAGCCUUAAUCUUCAAUCCGACAUGUUCUUUUCAAUAAACUACGAUGCAUACAAUUAAAGGAAAUGAGAGAAGGGCGGUUGAUACGGAGCGCUGGGCGUUAAUGUCCAUAGUUGAACCUCUCUAUCAUCAUGCUCCAAAAAAUAAAAAAAUGCUCUGUGCUCUCAAAUAAUGAUUCUGG